UCGGUUGAUGCACGUGUUCAGAAUAAAAUGUUAUUUUAUAUAAUUAUUGGAACAUAAUUAAUAUUUUUCUGACGUUCAAGGUAAUUGUUCAAGGUGAGAAAAGGACAAAGGGGGAUAACGAUUUUGUGAAUGACUGCGUAUGAAACGAAAUAUAUAUAACGAUUUUCAAAAAGGGCCUCAGGAAUAUACAUAAAAAUGUUUGCCAGCGGUAGAAUCGUGUUUAGCUGCACGAAUAUUGUGACAAGAUACCACGUAUGGGCACUGAUAAGUAAUCUACGUAAAGCAAACUUUCUGCUGAAGGAUCGAUCUGCAAUUUCAGCAGCUUGUGUUCACAAUUUAGUUGUUGGCAGGUCAGCACCGUUGACAAAGGAGCCUGUUUCACCGGCCAAUAGAUACGUCCUGAGAACGCAUACGUGUGGCGAGCUGACGCUCAAAAAUGUUGGAGAAGAAGUGAGAUUAAGCGGCUGGAAGGAAUUUCAGAGAAUGAGGAAGUUUAUAACGUUAAGAGACUCCUAUGGAUCAACGCAGUUACUUAUACCGGAAGAUAGAAAGGAUUUGGUGGAAAGUAUACAGAACUUGUCUUUCGAAAGUGUCUUGAGCGUAGUAGGCAAAGUCGUGCCGAGACCUGAAGGUCAGCAGAAUAAGAGAAUGAAAACGGGCGAUAUAGAAGUGUACGUAGAGUCUCUGGAGAUUCUAAACGUAGCAUCGGAGAAUCCGCCAGUAUUCAUUAGAGAGUAUAACAAAGCCAAGGAGAGUCAGCAAAUGAAAUACAGAUAUCUGUCACUGAGAUAUCCUGAGCUGCAAAGGAAUUUAAGAUUGCGAUCCUCUCUCAUAAUGAAGAUGAGAGAAUUUCUGAUCAACGAGUGCAGUUUUGUGGACAUUGAAACGCCAACGCUGUUUAAAAGUACACCGGGGGGUGCGCAAGAAUUUGUAGUGCCCACGAGACAACCGGGUAAUUUUUACUCGCUGGUACAGAGUCCUCAACAAUUCAAGCAGCUUCUCAUGGUAGGUGGCCUCGACAGAUACUUCCAAGUCGCCCGAUGUUACAGAGACGAGAGUGCCAGGCACGACAGACAGCCAGAAUUUACACAGCUAGAUAUCGAAAUGUCGUUUGUUGACCGGGACGGAGUGAUGAGCUUAAUUGAAAAUUUAUUGAUGUACACAUGGCCAGAAGAAUCAGGCUCCAUAAAAGUGCCUUUCAAGCUUAUGAGGUAUGAAGACUCGAUGGAAUUGUAUGGUACUGACCAACCGGACUUAAGAAUACCGUAUCAAAUACAAGAUCUCACACACAUGUUCGAUCUGCCAGUAUUAAAAGAGGCUGUGAAAUCUGAAAAUAAUGAACAAAAAGUAUACGCAUUAGUUUUUCCAAAAAAAUCGAAGUACUUAGCAAAAUCUAUCAGAGAAGGACUCUCUAAGAUCCGUAGCGAUUAUUUUGCUACUACAAAGCUAGUUCAAUUAAGAAUCGAAAACGAUUCGUGGAGAGCACAGUUAGACAAGCUAAAACCGAAGUCGGGAACUAUAACGGAAGAUAUAUCGCAGUACUGCAAGUUACAGGAGGGAGAUGCAGCAUUGCUAGCAAUUGGACAUCGAAUGGAUGCAUUGAAACUCUUAGGAAAGUUACGUGUCGAAUUUACAAAUAUAUUAGAAGCCAAAGGCGAACAAGUACGUUCGACCGAAACUGAGCUUCUAUGGGUCACGGACUUUCCGUUAUUCACAUUUGAAGGAACAUUACAAUCGACGCAUCAUCCAUUUACGCAACCGCAUCCAGAUGACAUGGAAUAUCUUACAACUGAUCCUCUAAAGGUGAGAGGCUUACACUACGAUCUGGUUAUGAAUGGAUCGGAAAUAGCGGGAGGUUCCAUUCGAAUCCACGAUGCAAAUUUACAGAGACAAAUAUUGAGGAUGUUAAACAUAGACGAAACAAAAUUGUCGCACAUGCUCGAGGCAUUGACGUACGGAGCUCCACCCCAUGGUGGAAUAGCUAUAGGACUGGAUCGUCUCGUUUGCUUACUUUGUAACGAAAAAAGUAUAAGGAACGUUAUAGCUUUCCCGAAAACGAUGGAAGGACGAGAUCUAAUGUCCGGAGCACCAGACAUCAUUUCAGACGAGUUGAAGACUUUGUAUCACAUACAAACAGUAAACAAAUAAGAUUCCUUUUUUCACAAUAAGUGUAAUAGAAAAGUUGUUAUUACUUACAA